AUUGUUUUUAUUAUGUCAGAUCUGUUGGCCUAAGGCCGGGCGUACACGGUGUGAGUUCUGAAUCUCAGGAGGUUGUGAACCUUGCACACAUUACUAGUCCUGCUAAUCGCACAGAUGCAGUGGAACAUGAAGACUUUAUGACCUGGCAGAUUCCAAAACAAUCACAUGAAUUUGCGUUAUUCUAGUUAUGACAUUAUCUACUUUUUAUUACAUCAUCCACUGUAUAAGUAAUUAAAAGAAAACAAACAGCAGUGUUAAAUUCUACCAGCGUUAUAAUAAUCAACAUGAUCUACCUAGCUAGGCUGUGUGUGAUAGAAUUAAAAACCCAUAUGCAUAUGCUGUAAUGCACUGCAACUGCCCUGACAGCUGUAGCUCUUGAGUGAUCCUCUGGAAAAUAUAGUCUCUGAUGACCAUGUCAUAGUAGACAUUGACACAUUCAGGGCUCCCUGUUCCUGUCAAAGUGCGUUCUUCUGUGGUUUUUGUUGCCACCUGAUUGGUCAAAUUCAGGUAGAUUGUCAAAUCAGCUCAUUCACCUGCACACACCUCACGAAUUCAAGCUAACGGUGCCCAAUUUUUUUUUUUUUACAUAUUUAAAAUGGGGAUGGGCAUUUUCGAGUAUUUUUGUAGUCGAGUUCUCUAACCCACAAAAAACUAGUAAUCGAUUACUCGUAAAUUAGAAUUUUAAUUAAGUUAAAAUUACAAGUUUGAAACGUAUGUGAAAUUUUGUUUUAUUCACAAACAUUACCAAGAACGGUUUCAAAAUAAGGUAACUUUUACAAACUAUGCUUUUCUUUUGGGGAAAAAAAAACUUCAUGAACAAUAUGCAUAAAAAAAGAUUUCAAAGUAAAAAAAAAUGUGCACAUUCCCAGAGCUUAGAAACAUACUAGAAUUCAAUACUGAUGGUAUUAGGGUAAUGCACUUACUGUAUACUGUAUAAAAUCCACAUAAAUGCCAUCACAUUUUUAUCAAUUCACAAUUUUAUUCAGUAAAACAAGUAGUGAAUGUUUGCUUUUUUUAAAAAUGUGCUCUGCCCAUGUUAAGAGAUUUAAUGCACAUACACACAUAAUGGUCUGAAAAGCUUCAGAGUUUCUUGUACUGCUUUGCAGUUUCUUUCCACCAUAAAAGCAGAUCCUUGUCUGUUGGUUUCCACCAAAUAUCAGUAAAAUAGAAUUCAAUUGAAGUAUUGAAUUCAAUUAAAAAAUAAUCCAAAUAUUACAACUAUACAGUAAGUAUAAGGAAACGAGUGUUAAAAGACUUUAUUCUUUCAACGUGUCACUAGUCCUGCAAAACCUCACUGGUGUGAUGAUAAUAAUGUUGUCACUGAUUUUUGAUAAUGUUAAUAUGGCUAAAUAUAUGCUAGGACAGACAAUUGCAUACUAAUGUGAAGAUCGUAGAACAUCUCAAAGCUGGCAAAAGAUGCGUUUUACGUCCUUCUGUCCUUCCAAGUUCAUUCUUCCAAGGUAGCUUGGCAAGACUGGUCUUCAUAAGAAUACAAGUCUGUCCUAGCUUUGAGAAACACCCUCGGCUUUGCUUUCAAAAGCGCAGACGGCAUCAAAUCUUCUUCUCUCAUCCAACACCUCGACGACACCUCCGAAGCGCCCUCCCAGUGGACUCCAUUGUAACUGUGAGAUUUUGUGAGAGAUCCAGAGGGAAAGUACAGUAUUCAGCACUGCUCACGGCAGGUGAAUGCGCAAGGAAAGAUACAUUUGCGUUAUUAAAGUAGUGUUUUUAAUAGCUGUUGCAGAACGAGUACUCGGUUAAUCGAUUAUUCGUGCACAUGCCUAGUUUAAAAAGGUUCGGGAGGUUGUAAGGUGCUCGUAAGCCGCUUGGUUUCACUCGUAAUACCUCAUAUAAUGCGAGCCACAACCACACAAACACCAACGGUUUCCACGCAAUAUCUACUGACAGGAAAAAAUUUAUCAGAAGCUCGCACAACAGACAAAAACCGCGUUGUUUUUUCCGGCCUAAGUUCAUGUCAAUAAUUAGAAGUAAACAGAGCUUUAAAUGAUAGAGUAUGAAAUUACCUCAUAGGUUUUCAAAGGAAUAUUCAUACUUCUUAAAGGGGUCAUAUUUAUUUAUUUAUUUAAUUAUUGAUUUUCCCUGAGGUCCACUUAAAAUAUUAGCUAAUCAGGCUUUUGCACCGAAAAGAGUCCUAAUUUUUUUCUCCUUUUUAAUUUUGUUUAAUAUUAAUAGUAUCUAUCCUACUUUCUCCUAGUACCUCAAAACUGAAUAGGCGUUGCUAAAAUCUAAAUGUGGGCAGUGAUGCGUUGUUAUAUUCACCUGUUUGAUGUCAGAAAGUUGCAGAAGUUCAGAAUAAACCUUUGUUGCAGUUGAGUUACAGUAGAUGGUCUUUUUUGGACUGAGGAGGAAUAUUUGAGUUCUAAAAGAUGGGCAUGUUUAUAGUUUUGGAGAGCAGCCAUGGAAACGAGCCAGUUCUCAGCCUGUUGGCCUUGUUUUAGAGAGCUCCAUGAGCGGUCAGCGUGUGAUAUCUGUGUCGGCGGGCAGCUAUCACUGUUCUGCUGUAACUGAAGAUGGCCUCGUCCACAUGUGGGGGGAGAACUCUCACGGCCAGUGUGGCAUCUCCGGAAUGGACCAGGUACCUGAUCCCACACCUGUUAGCGUGGUGGAUGGUGAGACCCAUCCUCCGCAACUGGUCCGAGUCAUAAAUGUGGCCUGUGGAGCACAGCACACUCUAGCCCUGUCAGGGAAUCAUGAGGUCUGGGCCUGGGGAAGUGGCUGCCAGCUUGGACUGGUCACCAGCGUGUUCCCGGUAUGGAAACCUCAGAAAGUGGAACACCUAGUGGGAAGAUAUGUGGUUCAGAUAGCAUGUGGGGGGUUUCACAGCCUAGCUUUGGUUCAGUUACUUCCUCCCGCAGAGUCCUGUCAGCAACGUCAGGAUAAAUGUGGACAGUGCAAACAGAGCCUCUACACUAUGACUGACAAGGAUGACCAUGUUAUUAAUUCGGAUGACCAUUACUGCCCACUUGGGGUGGAACUGGCUCAUUCUAAACAAGGUCAAAGACCAGGACAAAGUUCUCCAGCUCAGACAACACAAACCAAACACAUUGUGUCUGAUUUCCAAAUAUCCCAGUUGACCUCUGAGAACAUCUGUGCUGGCCAAGCAUCCUCAGACAGUUCUCAGCAAAAUGACACAAACCAAGAAAAUCAACCAGGGCCAACACCUCUACUACGAACAAAAAGCACUCCAUACCCUGAUGAGCAGGCUCUAAAAGACUACCUCAAAAGAAUUUCGGACCAGACCCUUGUUGAGCAGGCUGAGGCUGCCUUAGUGGGAGGUUCCCAUCCUCCGAGCCGUCAGACCUCACUUACAUGCCCUUUCAGAUCUGACCAAAGUGAUGAGCGUACACUACUUCCUUCUUCAUCAACGCUGAGUAGAACUGAUGGUAGUACAUCUGCUGCCAGACAACACAGUGCAUCAAAUUCUAUUACAGGCAAAAAGGGUUCUCUUAGUUUAUUACCAAUUGUGGAUUCUACUUCUGAUGAUUCUUCACAGCAUUCUAUUGCUGAUGGAGGUAUUUGCCUCAGUGACCUCGUAAUUAGCAAUGGUUGUUUAUUUGAGUCCUGUGAGGAGAGCAGAGACAAUGCUGAUACUUUCCAAAGCAAGAAGAGCACAAGUCUGACUGACAUCACAUUAGAGGACACUGAUGCACAUGAUCGCAGAGGGUCUUUACCUGGCCUUCUCUCUCCAGUUUCACCCUCUGACAGUCAUCGAACCAACCACACGAGAGCUGUAGUGGGUUCCGUGACAACUUCCUCCACCUCAGAAUCCAAAAAUCUCCUCCCCUCCCUCUACACUGAGGUGUGGAGUUGGGGGAGGGGCCAGGAAGGUCAACUAGGUCAUGGAGACUAUUUGCCCAGGUUACAGCCUCUAUGCAUCAAGAGCUUAAGAAAAAAGGAAGUUGUCAAAAUCACUGCUGGAGCAAAUCACUCCUUGUCUCUGACAGCUCAAUGUCAGGUUUAUUCUUGGGGAAGUGACAGAUUUGGACAGCUGGGUCAUAUGAACGCUUCCAGCACAGUUCCUAAUCUUGCUAAGAUUUCCGAUGGCAUCCGUGUGUGGGAUGUAGCAGCAGGGCAAACUCACACUUUGCUGCUGGCUGAUGGAGACUGUUAUCAGCCCAUACUCUACUACACUGGAGAGCAAGUGCUAGAGAACACCAACACCUCUCAUUCCCUCUCUGGGACUUAUACCCAGACGCCCACCCUUUUGCCCUUCUGCAUGAAUAUUGGCUAUGUAAGCAGUGUGUUUGGAGGAGGGCUGAAUUGUUUGGCCUUGACUGAUCAAAAUGCAAUGGGUUUCAUAGCCACAAUCCAUGAGUUAGCUUCAGCCGAGAGAAAAUUUUACUGCACUCUCAGCAAGGUUAAGAGCCAAAUACUGGGCCCCCUAUUAGCCCAUGAGAGUUUGGCCUUGUCUCUGGGUCAGUUGUCCAUGUUGCUGUUUCAGGAGAUGGCUGGUAGUUUCAGCAAGCUUUGUCAUCUGACGGGACAAAACUCCACAUCCCUCACCAACUUCCUGCAGCGAGGCAAAGUGAUCAAAACACUUGCCUUGAUCAAGAACACCACCAUUUUCAUUGACACCUAUAAAGAGUACAGCCAUACAGUAGGAAACUUUCUUGUUAUGGGAGGAUUCCAGUCAUUGCUGAAGCCCUUACAACAAUGCUUUGGGAAAAAAUUAGAGUUGUUACAGACACUGAUGGAGUUAAAGGAGAAAAAUCUGUCACCCAGUGAGCUGUUAGUGAACUUGUUCUACAUGCCCUUGCACCACCUGCAUGGGUAUAACCGAUUACUUCUGAAACUGACUAAUUGCUUUGAAGUGAAAACUGUGGAAUACCUGUGGAUUCAAGAUGGCUGCUCUAAAUAUGAAGCUGUAGCUCAUCUUCUCAGCAAACAGAGAAAAGAUGCUGAGACCACUUUCAUUUUUUGGAAGAACUUCAAAGGAAAAAAUUCGGAAUCCCUGCGUAAGCCAUCUCGUCGUCUGGUUUGUGAGAGCAGUAAUAAAGCUCUGACAUUACAGAAUGCUGGAAGAUUCUCCAUCAGCUGGUUUAUCCUCUUCAAUGAUGUGCUGGUUCAUGCACAGGGCACUAUUCCAUCAAAGAAGCUUUUCUCGUCUCACUAUGUCUAUCCUCUCGCUACUCUGUGGGUGGAGCCCAUCUCAGAUGAAAUUGUGGGCCUGCUUAGCCUUAAGCUGACCACCCCUGAAGAUAGCUUUGUUGUUCUGGCAUCCUCCCCUCUAGAAAAGGGGAAGUGGCUGAGAGCCAUUAACCAGGCCAUUGAUGACAUGCUUGCUGUGGGUCUGAACGGAAGAACUCAUGUGUCCAGAGGCAGCCAGAAAGGUGAACCUCCUGUGUCCCGUACUGCCACCCACACUUUCCGCAAAGAGGGAAGACUCAAAGAUGCCUCAUAUAAUGGCCGCUGGCUAUCUGGCAAACCUCAUGGCAAAGGGACUCUGAAGUGGCCAGAUGGGACAGUUUACUAUGGCACAUUCAAGAACGGACUUGAGGAUGGAUUUGGAGAUUAUAUGGUGCCCAACAAGACCUUCAACAAGUUUGAGCGUUUCCAGGGUCACUGGAAAGAAGGGAAAAUGCAUGGCUUUGGAACAUACUGGUAUGCUUCAGGUGAAGUGUAUGAGGGCUCAUUCAGGGAUAACAUGUGUCAUGGUCAUGGCAUGUUACGCAGUGGGAAGAUGGCAUCUCCUUCCUCCAGUAGUGUCUUUGUGGGCCAGUGGGUUCAUGGGAGGAGAACAGGAUAUGGGGUGUGUGAUGACUUCAGCAGAGGCGAGAAAUACAUGGGAAUAUGGCUUGAUGACCAGCGUCAUGGAGAUGGGGUUGUUAUCACUCAGUUUGGAUUGUAUUAUGAAGGAAACUUCUAUAAUAACAAGAUGAUGGGCAACGGGAUGCUUCUAUGUGAUGAUGACACAGUCUUUAAGGGUGAAUUUUCAGAAGACUGGACUCUCUGUGGAAAGGGUGUUCUGUCCAUGCCUAAUGGUGACUGUUUGGAUGGCAUCUUUGAUGGUCACUGGGGAACUGGACUGAAAGUGGCUGGAACUUUUACAAAACCUUUUGAAACAUUGAGGAGAGAAAACAAGAUACUUGUGGCUGGUCAUUAUGCAGUGCCUGCAGAGGAAAAGUGGAAAACCGUGUUUGAGGAAUGCUGGGGUCGUCUGGGCUGUGAAACUCCAGGUCAGGGAUUGUAUGAAAAAGCCUGGGAGAACAUUGCCAUCUCCCUCACUGCCAGACGCAGACAGCAGAGAGAUCGUCCAGAGGAGCUGAGCCGAUCUCAGAAUAUGAUGCUGGAGAGCCUUGAGGUGAUUCCUCAACAUCUGUGUCCUGUUACUGCAGACUCCUUCAACAUCAUCCGCCGAUAUCUCAUGAAGGCUUGUGAUUUCCCUCUGCACCCGUUGGGCUGGCUGCUGGAGACCCUUGUCACUGUAUACAGGAUGACCUAUGUUGGUGUGGGCUCCAAUAGACGGCUGUUACAGCAAGCAGUGGAGGAGAUCCAGUCUUACCUAACACGCAUAUUUCAGUUAGUCAGGUUUCUGUUUCCUGGUCUCCCUGAGGAUGGAUGUUUUAUCCUGGAUUCCUCCAGUUCUUUAGAUGAGGGCACAGACUCUCUUAAUAGCAGUACACACUGCGAAACUCCCCAGCAGGGUUGUAUAGUGAGCAGCUCAAGUCUUCUACUGCCAGUCUUGUUGCCGAGGCUCUAUCCCCCUCUCUUCACUCUCUACACACUGGAUAAAGAGAGAGAGGAGGAAGUGUACUGGAACUGUGUGUUACGACUCAACAAACAGCCUGAUCUUGCCCUCUUAGCCUUCCUUGGAGUACAACAAAAGUUUUGGCCAGUUUCUAUCUCUUUAUUGGGACAGAAAAAACAGGUCUUGCCUAUCACUAAAGAUGCCUGCUUUGCCACUGCUGUUGAAACCUUGCAACAGAUCAGCACAGCAUUCAGUCCCUCAGACAAGUUACAAGUGAUACGGCUGACCUUUGAGGAAGUCACACAGGAAGUGCAGGCUAUGCUUGGGCAGGAGUUUCUGUGGUGCAUGGAUGACCUCUUUCCAAUUUUCCUCUACGUGGUUCUCCGUGCACGAAUCAGAAACCUGGGCUCUGAAGUCAGUCUAAUAGAGGAUCUGACAGACUGCAGUCUACAGUUGGGACAGCUUGGAUUCAUGUUGACCACUCUUAAAGCCUGCUACAACCAGAUUCAGCUUGAGAAGACUACAUAGUAGUGGGUGGUUUGUGAGAAGUGCAUUCACAGCUUUUCCAGCGUAUGCCACAGAAUUGUGGAGUAGGUGCAAUUUAAAUAGACAAGGACUACAGGUCAAGCCAAGAUGUACUCAUUUAUUUCUGUUCUCAAGAGGGUGCUCAACCUCUUCACAUUCCACUAACAUCUCACAUAAUCAAAAAGUUACACCUUUGAGAAAGGUGUAUUUAAACUGACUGUAUUAACUGAUAAUAGACAUUUUAUUUUAUUAUUCAAACAGUCAGCAUGUUACAGUAAAAAGGUUUCAGUAAUAAAUAGGGGUGCAUCAGUACUGAUACUGUUACUGAUAUAUUGUUAUCUAGAGUUGCACGGAUUAGGAAAUUGAGGCUGAUACCGAUAGCAGAUAUUUUAACAAAGUGAUCAGCCGAUACAGAAAAUUGUCCUAUUGCAGAUCCAAUGUACCAGCAGAUGGUUAUACUUCAAAUGACUUAAAAAGAAAAGAAGUAAAGAAUGUACAGUAUUUUUUUAGUUAUGAUUAGUGUUUGGGAAGCUACUUUGAAACUAUAGCUCUACAAGCUACUUAUAAUUUAAAUAAAUAGAAACUAUUUCUAAGGGAGCAAAAACUUUUUAAAUAUACUAAAUGUAUAUAUCUAUCAGAUAAUAUAAUCAGAGCAGUAUUUAUCUGGUACAUAAACAGUGACAGUCUUUGAAUGAAUGAACAUCUAAUUUAGGGGGGUGGCAUUACAUUUGAACAAAUACAUCUAUUGAAGAAACUCCCUAAUGUACAUAUAUUCCUGAGCCAAAAACAUGGAAAUGAACAGCAAUAUUUAACAAAAUAUUUAGCUAUAUAAGGGUAUAAAAAAGGCAGGACUUCUACACAGGGACUCAAAAAAAUUGAUGAAUCGUUUUUGAAACUGUCCGUAUGAACCGUCUGAACAAAUGAAUUCACUACAAUGAAUCAGACUUCCCAAUGUUAAAUUGUGAGAGGACAUUCUAGGAGAGCAUGUUUGGUUAUUUCCUUCGUUUACUCUGUUGUAAAGCCACAGAGCCCCUUAGAGGACAUGGUGGAAUUUUUUUUUGGAAAUAGUUUUGUGUGCACUCGCAUUAGUUUGCGUUUCCUCGCAAUAAGUUUUGCUUGCCCUUGCAAUUGUUUUGCAUUCCCUCGCAAUAAAUUUACCAUGUUUUUACUAUAGUAACCAUAUUUAAAUCUUGAUAUUCGUAGUAAAACCAUUGUAAUAAUACAGGAAAAUAAAAACUAUGGUAAUAAAAAUCAUACUUUGUGGUUAGGAUUUUACUACAAAUACCAUUCAUGAGCAAAAAAACAAACAUUGUUAGCCUAUAAUGGUCAUGGUUAUUACAAUAUUACUGUAGAAAAAUGAUUUCUGCCAUAACUAUAGUUUCUACUAUGGUUUUACUAUAGUAAAAACAUACUGAAACUGGCAUUUGUAUAGUAAAACCAUAAUAUCCACAAAAUAAUGAUUUUUAUUACUGUAGUUUUCAUUUUCCUAUAUUAUCACUAUGGUUCUACUACGAAUAUCAAGGUUAAAAUAUGGUUACUAUAGUAAAACCAUGGUAAAUUUAUUGCGAGGGCACACAAAACGUAUUGCAAGAGAACACAAAACUAUUUCAGAAAGAAAAUUCCCACCGUACUGUAUAAGGGACUCUGUAAAAAGCUGUAUGUGCAGCAAGUUCUUAGUAUCACUACUUUUAGUUAGUUGCUUCCCAACACUAGUUAUGUUGCUUUAGUAUUCAGUUACAGGUUCCUGUAUUUGAUGUUGAAAACAUGAUAUUGAAAGUGGCAUUAACAGUUGAUGAAAUUAACAAAAAAAUCUAAAGAAAAAACAGUCCCCAUAAUUAUUUAAAUAUACUAUACAUGAAAAUUGCAGCGUUGCUAAAAAAUACUGUUAUUGGCAUUAUUGAGUACCAAAAAGGAACUAUUGGAACAAAAAAUGGUUUUGAUGCAUCCCUAGUAAUAACCAUAUUCUGGUUGUGUUACUGGUGUUGUGCUAGUUUUGAUUUUGCACAUUACAAAGAGCUGCACUGCCUAGGAUUGUAUAUAUUUUUUAAAUACUUUUCGAAGUCUUGUGAUGCAGGUAUUAAUCUGUAACUAGAGGUUUGUGACAUAACGGUGUCACUGAAGCACCAACAGGAAGGUGAUUUCAAAAUGUUUUCUCUACCCUCUGCUGUAUUUUCUGAUAUGGGCAGUUGUGAACAAAUAAUGUAGUUGUAAUUGAGGUUAUUUUAUGACUUCCGGUUAUGGUGCAGUGCUGAGUAGUAGCAAGGUUUUGCUUCACUUUCAAAAAGGUGUUUUUAUAAUCUGUAUGACUGAAACAUCCAGGAUAUUCUCAUAGAAAUGGUUUGCAUUUCAACAUGAAAACACACUGACAGGCCAGUGAAACACCUUAUGAAGUUUUGUUUAGUUUUAAUUUGAACAAAUUAUACAAUUUGUAGUCUUACUGAAGUUUAUAGAAAAAUUAAGAUACAUAUUUCUAGAGCAAUAUCACUGGAGGCUAAAUUAAUAUUUUAUAUUCAUUCAUGUUUAUUUAAUUUUAAAUUCACAUUGAUUGUAAAAGUGGCAUUCAACACUAUGCAAUAGGAAUAAAAUGACUAAACCAAACUUGUACUUUAAAUGACAGAGCUUUUUGUCCACUGGCAAAUCUUUAGCAAUAAUCUGUACAUUUUGAUCAUUUCAUGAAUGCCCUAUAGAGAGUAUAGAUAUGUAUGUUUGUGUUCCUCUAAAUGUUUACUUUGAACAGUCUAACAUGCACUGAAAUAUUUUGCUGAUAGUGUUAUGUCUAGUGGUUGACUGAUAUGUUUUUUUGUUUUUUUUUAAAGGCCAAUUCUGAUAUUUUGAUCAAGUCAGAUGGACCAUUACCUUACACAAUAUGUAAUAAAAAAUUAAUGAUAAACAUUGAAAACUGGAAAUGUUUAAUAUCAAUAAACAAGGUUGUUGAUAGAUUUUGGAAUCAAAAGAGGAGUUAACACUUUUAUUAAUCAGCACGAUUCUCGACCGAUGCCGAUAAUCUCAAAUUGUCCAAAAAUUGGCAGAUUAAUUGGCCUGUUCAAUAUGGGUUCAUCACUAGAUAGGCCUUUUGUACCACUGGUUAAAAGGGCAUUACUUAUGAAGAUUAUAAAGGAAAGACAGCACCUUUACUGCUAAUAUAUAGAGCCUGGUUUUGUUUUCCUUUUACUAUUUUAUAAAGGGUUGAUAGUUUUUAAAUUACUUGUACUGUCAAUAUUUAGUUAAUUGUUACUUUCUUCUUGCAAAUUAAUUUGUAAAAGACAUUUGAAUAGAGGUAAUAUGGAAGAGAAAUGAAUGAUGAACAAUUUUUUAAAAACAAAUUCUGGAAGACCUAUUUUAAUAAAUGUUGUAUAUUUCUUCCCCUCUGUUUUAGUAUUUAUGGAUUCAUAAUAAUAUAGAUAAUAGAGAGAUUAACCAACUACCCACCAUAUAGUACUGCAGGAGUUCAUGGAGGAGGGAUUAACAUCACCCUUGACCUUUAUUUACUCAAUGGAAAAAAUCAUUUGCUUUUCAUCUCAACCCUAUCCGCAUGAUGUAAUGUGCUGGUUUUUAACUCUUACAAUAUUACAGUUAAACACUGAGAAGUAUGCUACAAAUGCACAUAUACCUGAUGUAUUUGUUUUGAUUAUUUCCUUAUUAUUUAUUGGUCUGUUUAAUGAUUUUCUUAAGAGCACACAUAUAUGGCAGUUAAACAGUUUUUUUAAUCAGUGAUUGUUGGUUUGUGCCCUCUGGUAUUGUGAAAUGUGUUUAUCUUUGUCUUUUGUUUAACGAUAAUGUCAGGAAAAUCUGAGCUGCAGGCCAAGUUAUGUCCUUGGAUAUAUUGGUUGUUGUUUCAUGCCUCUUAUUUUCCGUUUUGACUUUAAAGUUGUUAGAACUGCAUUGUGUGUGUGUGUGUGUUUGUGUCCAGUGAGCUCUAAAAGCAGAAAGAUGUAAGGAGAUUUGAGUGGCAGGCGGUCCUAUUGAAGUGCUCAGACUGAGGCCGCCCCCUCGCAGGAUUAUGUGGGAUAGAAAGGGAUUACAAUCUUUGCUUCCAUGGACAUUUUAGAUUAUAAUCACAUACAUGUUGGCAGGUCAGAGGCAGCACAUCACCUUAAUAUAAAACACAACUGACAAGAUUCUCCACAGCCACCUGGUCUAAACUUGGGAUGUAGUGUCUGUGUGGUUUGGAGGAGCACAGCAACAGGAGUGUAAAGAGGUAAGUGUGGGAUCAUGCUAUAAUCUUGACAUGUGGCCUCUUGACCUGCUUCUGUAGCACUGCGUCCUCUGAGUCACACUGAAGUUCAUGGAUCAGAAUUAAUGUGUCUGGUUUGAUUUUCAUUCUUAAACUGAAGGUUAACUACAAUGUGACAUUUAUUGUUUGGCUUCGAUGUAAGAUUUUUAAAAUUGUACUGUUGUAGAAAACUUUUUUUUAACAAAUUACACUGCCUGACCAUCAUAUUGAGAAACUUUAUAAGACUUUAUAUCCCCAAAAUAAAAGUAGCAAGGUGAAUAUGUUAGAUAAGAAGGCAAACUAUUCUAACAUUUUUUAUUUUAUUUUUUUUGUCUUAAAUUAUACAUAUGCAUAUGUUUGUUUUUUUUUUUCACAUUAGUUUACUCCUGAAUUGUUUAUUAUAUAUUGUUGUAUAUGGGCAGUCCUUCAAUUAGGAGUACUUUUGACUACUUGAAAAAUAAAACUUAAAAAUAUGUCUCAUCUACAGUAAAUGUAUCACAUGUCCUGGAAUAAAAAUCUGAUCAUGGCCUACAGCAA